UGGAACAUGCCUGGCAACAGUAGUAUCUGGUGAAAUGGCGUCUGGUUACCUAGUGCUCGGUCUAUUUUAUCUAUCUGAAAAAUAGCUAGCUAUAUUCAAUAACCUUUGACUGAAUAGAAGUGCAUUUUCAAUAGAAUAAAUAACGUAAUUGUUAUAUAUUUCAAAAUGUCUGACUCGGAAGAGGACAGUCAAGAUAAGCAACUUAAAAUUGUAGUCAUCGGAGACGGCGCAUCGGGGAAGACGUCACUCGCCACCAGGUUUGCCCAGGAGGCCUUUGGGAAACAAUACAAACAAACCAUUGGCCUUGAUUUCUUUCUGAAGAGAAUAACUCUGCCAGGCAACUUGAAUGUUACUUUGCAAGUGUGGGAUAUUGGAGGUCAAUCGAUCGGAGGGAAAAUGCUGGAUAAAUAUGUCUACGGGGCUCAGGGUGUUCUUCUAGUGUACGACAUUACAAACUACCAGAGCUUUGAGAAUCUGGAGGACUGGUACGGCAUGGUCAAGAAGGCCAAUGAAGAGUCAGACGUCCAGCCUGUGGUCUCACUGGUGGGAAACAAAAUUGACCUGGAGCAUAUGAGGACAGUGAAGGCUGACAAGCACCAGCGUUUCUGCCAAGACAACAGCCUCAUCAGUCAGUUCGUAUCAGCCAAGACUGGAGACUCAGUGUUCCUGGCAUUCCAGAGAGUGGCUGCAGAGAUUCUGGGGGUGAAGCUCAACAAAGCAGAGAUGGAGCAGUCCCAGCGUGUGGUGAAGGCAGACAUCGUGAACUACAGUCAAGAACCUGUGGCGAGGACAGUCAACCCCCCGCGCAGCUCCAUGUGUGCAGUGCAGUGACCGCCUCUCUCCCCCACCUCCCCUCUUGCUCCUCCACAAACUGACUAUAGCAGUGAGGGCUUCUGACCAGCAGGCUGCCCCCAACACACUGGCCCAUAGCCAAAGCAGGGGAAUUGAGCCAGCUUUUAUUCUGCUACACACACACACCUCCUCUCUCUCUCUCAACGCACAAGUCUUUAGAAAGGCUUUAUAUCAGUAUUUCCUUUUUUGAGGGUUUUCAGGGUCAUCAGAUAUUUUAAGAUUUGAAUGUGAGGAUCUCUCUGUAUGUACAGUUUGUAUAUGUAAAGGGACCCUACAGUAUAUUCAUGGCUUCAAUACAUUUAAUCUAUUUUCAUGAAUGGAUUUCUUGAGUAGUAAUCAGCUUUGGUUGCAGCAUACGUCUGUUUUAAAUAUGAAGUUAUGCUGAAAGCAAAUGGGCCCUCCACUUUUUCAGCAAUAUAUUUUGAGCAACUGUUAUAUUCUUUUGUCAUUUUUCUUCUUCUACUGUCUUCAUUAUUCAAUUAUUCUUCAAAGGACCAUUUUUGAUUGUGUGUGUGUGUGUAUGCAUGUAUGUAUUCAACAAAAAUAUAAACGCAACAUGUAAAGUGUUGGCCCCAUGUUUCAUGAGCUGAAAUUGAAGAUCCCAGAAAUUGUCCAUAGGCACAGAAACGUAUUUCUAUCAAACGUUGUGCACAAAUUUGUUUACAUCCCUGUUCGUGAGAAUUUCUCCUUUGCCAAGAUAGUCCGUCCACCUGACAGGUGUGGCAUAUCAAGAAGCUGAUUAAACGGCAUGAUCAUUACAAAGGUGCACCUGCUGCUGGGGACAAUGAAAGGUCACUCUAAAAUGUGCACUUUUGUCACACAAAACAAUGCAGCAGAUGUCUCAAGUUUUGAGGGAAGAUGCAAUGGGCAUGCUGCCUGCAGGAAUGUCCACCACAGCUGUUGUCAGAUAAUUUAACCUCUAACAAGCCUCUACCCCGGAUCCGGGAGCACCCCCCACCCCCCCCCCACACUGAUUAGCAUCGCUAGCAUAGCGUCACAAUUAAAUAGUAGCAUCUAAAUAUCAUUAAAUCACAAGUCCAAGACACCUAAUGAAAGAUACAGAUCUUGUGAAUAAAGUCACCAUUUCAGAUUUUUUAAAUGUUUUACAGGGAAGACAAAAUAUGUAAAUCUAUUAGCUAACCAUGUUAGCAAAAGACACCCUUUUUCUUUGUCCACCAUUUUUUCUCAACACCAUUAGCUAUCACCAAUUCGGCUAAACUAAGAUAUUGAUAGCCACUAACCAAGAAAAAAACUCAUCAGAUGACAGUCUGAUAACAUAUUUAUGGUAUAGGAUAGGUUUUGUUAGAAAAAUGUGCAUAUUUCAGGUAUAAAUCAUAGUUUGCCAUUGCAGCCAGCAUCACAAAUCUCACCAAAGCUCCUAGAAUUACUACAGACAGCAACCUGUAUUACCAAUUUACUCAUAAAACAUUUCUUAAAAAUACACAGCACAUAGCAAUGGACAGACACAGAUCUUGUGAAUUCAGACAACAUUUCAGAUUUUCUAAGUGUUUUACGGCGAAAACACAAUAAAUCGUUAUAUUAGCAUACCACAUACGCAAACGUUACCCGAGCACUGAUUCUAGCCAAAGAGAGCGAUAUCAUAUCAUCGCCAAAAUAUAUUAUUUUUUUCACUAACCUUUUCAGAAUUCUUCAGAUGACACUCCUGUAACAUCAUAUUACAACAUACAUAUACAGUUUGUUCGAAAAUGUGCAUAUUUAGCCAUAAAAAAACGUGGUUAUACAAUGAAAAUAGUAGCAAAACAAGCCUGGAAAUGUCGGUCGCCAUCUUUGAGUGAUCUAGUUUAAUCAAUAGCUAAUCAUAUACUUGACUAAAAAAUACAGGGUUGACAGGAAUGGAAAGACAAAUUAGUUCUUAAUGCAAUCGCUGAUUUACAUUUUUUAAAUUAUCCUUACUUUUCAAUACAGAUUGCGCCAAGCGAAGCUAUACAAAACAAGAUGGCGGCGUAAGCUUUAACAUUUUUCGACAGAAACACGAUUUAUCAUCAUAAAUUGUUCUUACUGUGAGCUGUUCUUCCAUCAGAAUCUUGGGCAAAGAAUCCUUUCUUGGGUCUAAUCUUCUUUUGGUCGAAAGAUGUCCACUUGUCUGUCGAAAUGCCCACUAACGUACGACCGGGAGCCCGAAAUGUGCCCAGCGCGUCAAAGUGCACAACAAAGCAAUGCCUCAAUCGCACUAAAAGGAUAUAAAUUGCUAUACAACGGUUCAAAUUAACUACCUUAUGAUGCUGUUAACCUGUCUAGGAUGAGGGUGCCGCUAGCGGCACUCCCCCCCCACUGAAAAGGCAGAGCCGCGAAAUUCAAAAAAAAUAUUUUUUUCAAAUAUUUAACUUUCACACAUUAAAGUCCAAUACAGCUAAUGAAAGACACAGAUCUUGUGAAUCCAGCCAACAUGUCCGAUUUUUAAAAUGUUUUACAGGGAAGACACAAUAUGUAAAGAUGUACAUCUAUUACCUAAAAACACAUUAGCAUAAUCCACCAUCUUUUAUUUGUCCACCAACACCAGUAGCUAUCACCAAUUCGGCUAAACUAAGAUAUUUAUAGCCCCUAACCAAGAAAAAAACUCAUUAGAUGACAGUCUGAUAACAUAUUUAUGGUAUGGGAUAGGUUUUGUUAGAAAAAUGUGCAUAUUUCAGGUAGAUGGCAUAGUUUACAAUUGCACCCACCGUCACAAAUGGACUAGAAUAAUUACAAUGAGCAACGUGUUUACCUAACUACUAAUCAUCAAACAUUUCGUAAAAAUACACAGCAUACACUAAUCGAAAGACACAGAUCCUGUGAAUACAGACAAUAUUUCAGAUUUUCUAAGUGUCUUACAGCGAAAACACAAUAAAUCGUUAUAUUAGCAUAGCACAGGUGCAAACAUUACCCCAGCAUUAAUUCUAGCCAAAGUGAGCGAUAACGUCAACAUCGCCAAAAUAUAUUAUUUUUUUCACUAACCUUCUCAGAAUUCUUCAGAUGACACCCCUGUAACAUCACAUUACAACAUGCAUAUAAAGUUUGUUCGAAAACGUGCAUAUUUAGCCACCAAAAUCAUGGUUAGACAAUGUGAAAUGUAGCCCAGCUGGUGAGAAAAUGUCCGUGCGCCAUAUUAGACAGUGAUCUACUCUUAUACAUAAAUACUCAUAAACGUGACUAAAAAAAUGUAGGGUGGACAGGGAUUGAUAGACAAUUUAAUUCUUAAUACAAUCGCGGAAUUACAUUUUUUAAAUUAUCCUUACUUUUCAAUACAGUUUGCGCCAAGCGACGCUACGUCAAAAAACAUGGCGUCCUAAGCCACUAACAUUUUUCGACAGAAACACGAUUUAUCAUAAUAAAUUGUUCCUACUUUGAGCUGUUCUUCCAUCAGUAUCUUGGGCCAAGGACCCUUUCUUGGGUCUAAUCGUCUUUUGGUGGAAAGCUGUCCUCUUGCCAUGUGGAAAUGCCAACUGCGUUCGGGAUGAACUGGAAGCGUGCCCAGCUAUUCACAGCGUUUCAGAAAUAAAUGUCCCAAAAUCGCACUAAACGGAUAUAAAUUGCUAUAAAACGCUUUAAAUUAACUACCUUAUGAUGUUUUUAACUCCUAUAACGAGUCUUAACAUGACCGGAGAAAGAUUACUCCCAACACUAAUGCUUGGAACAGGUGCGGGUCGGUGUCCUCCACGCGCAUGACGCACCAAGAAAAGACUUGCUAGCUACAGAGUUUUUUAAUUUAUAGCGCCUGUGAACGCGCAAUCGACCCCAUUCAAAUCGUCAUCACGUAAAGGCAUCCAGGGGAAGACGUAAGCAGUGUCCGUAUACUCAUAGCAUUCACAGUGGCCUUUUAACUGACUCCAGAUCAGGGGCCAACAUUUCUGAAAUCUGACUCCAUGUCAGGGAAAUUGCUGUAGAAUGGGCUCUGUUCCACUUAGAGACAACAUUUCAACUCCUAUAGAAACUAUAGACUGUUUUCUAUCCAAUAAUAAUAAUAAUAUGCAUAUUGUACGAUCAAGAAUUUUGUGGGAAGCCGUUUCAAAAAUUACACGAUUAGCAUAAAUAGUGACAACAGCGCCCCCAGCCUCAACAGGUUAACACCUAUAACGGGUGAAAACAUGACCGGAGAAAUAUUACUGGCUACACUAAUGCUUGGAAAAAGAGCAGGGCGGUGUCCACCGCGCGUCCGGCGCAGCUGGAAAAGAGUUCCUACCUACAGGUUUUUUUCUUUUAUAGUGGCUGUGAUUGCGCAAUCGAUACCAUUCAAAACGUCAUCACGUAAAGGCAUCCAGGGGAAGACGUAAGCAGUGUCCGUAUCCUCAUAGCAUUCACAGUGGCCUUUAAACUGACUCCAGAUCAGGGGCCAAAAUGUGUGAAAUCUGACUCCAUGUCAGGGAAAUUGCUGUAGAAUGAGUUCUGUUCCACUCAGAGACAAAAUUCCAACGGCUAUAGAAACUAGAGAGUGUUUUCUAUCCAAUAAUAGUAAUAAUAUGCAUAUUGUAUGAUCAAGAAUUGAGUAGGAAGCCGUUUCAUCUGUAGAGACAAUUAUGCUAAUUUGAAACAGCACCCCCUAUAGGCGCAAGAAGUUAAUGUGUAUUUCUCUACCAUAAGCUGCCUUCAACGUUGUUUUAGAGAAUUUGGCAGUAAGUCUAACCGGGCCUCACAACCACAGACCACGUGUAACCACUCCAGCCCAGGACCUCCACACCCAACUUCUUCACCUGCGGGAUCGUCUGAGACCAAACACCCAAACAGCUGAUGAAACUGAGGAUUAUUUCUGUCUGUAAUAAAGCACUUUUGUGGGGGAAAAUGUAUUAUUAUUGGCUGGGCCUAUGCCCUCCAAGACCCACCCAUGCCUGUGCCCCUGCCCAGUAAUGUGAAAUCCAUAGAUUAGGGCCUAAUGAAUUUAUUUCAAUUGACUGAUUUCCUUAUAUGAACUGUACCUCAGUAAAAUCGUAGAAAUUGUUGCGUUUCUAUUUUUGUCGACUAGAUUUGGCAUUUUUAACCUUGACAAUGGACAUUUAAGUAUGUAUUGGUGCAGCUUAAAGGUAUGACAAUUAAUAUAUCUGUAUCUUUGUAGCCCUUUUCAUCUGUCUGUUGUAGAACAGAAAAGUCUGCAAUGAAGAACUGCUUUGACACAAAGUGCUUCGUAGGAUCUGCGUUUUUACCAAACAAGGUGAAUAAUAGCCAACCAACACUCUUAGAAAAAAAGGUUCUAAAAGGGUUCUUUGGCUGUCCCCAUGAGAGAGUCCUUUGAAGAACCCUUUUGGGUUCCAUGUAGAAAGGGUUCUUCAAAGGGUUCCCCCAUGGAGACAGCCAAAGAACCCUUUUUUUCUAAGAGUACAUAAAUUAUAGGCAUGUGUUUUGUACGGAUACUCAUCCCUCAAAACAAGAAAAUACAUGACAAUGUGACAUGGUUGGAUUUUACUCUGUAAACCAUGGCCUUCGCCUUAUGUGUGAAUUGUCUUUAUAAAUGAUAAAUGCAUUGCUUUGUGAAAGAUCUUAUUUUCAAUGCUGCUCACAUUUCAGUAAGAUGUAAGGAGCUUCCCUCAUUGGAUGGAAUAGCCUCUGUACUCCUUAUAACUUUUGGUCAUGAAAAGAAAAUAUCUGAAAGUUAAGUAUGAAAUCAUAAUGUUAUAUACUCUGUACACUUAGAAAAGGGUUGUCUAGUAAACAUUCAAAAGUAGUACAGACUUUGUAUAUGAAAAAUAAAAAUGCCAGUAAUUACUGGGCUGCUCGUGUAUAGUUUGUGCAACGUUGUGCCUCCUUGGAAUUCUGGAAAUAAAUAUUAUGUAAAUGUG